AUGCCGAAGGCCAACAAGCAUGCGGAGGUGAAGCCGUCCAAGUAUAAGACGAGCUUGUGCCAGUUCUUCUGCAAGGGCGAGGCAUGCCCGUACGCUGGCCGCUGCGCCUUUGCACACGGCGAGCACGAGCUGCAGACCGAGUCGAAGAACGUGGAGCUGCUCAAGGCUACUGGACUGCAGCGCCUCGACGGCUUACGCGCGCAGGAGGGGGUCGCCGUGUCGGAGUCUCACACGCCGUCCAUCAACUCCGGUACCCGCAGCGUCACGUCCGAGUCCCAGGGGCUUUCCGAGCCGGCGACCCCGACGUCGCCAACAUUGCGCCAGCGCCGUCGAACCGUUAUGGUAUCCCUGCCGAAGCACAACACGCGUAGCGAGAUGUACCAAUCCCCGUACAGCGCGACGCUGUACGAACCUUGCUACAGCGAGUACGACCGUGCCGAGUACGGCUACCCCACGCAGCCGGUGCAGCAGCCAGUGUACCAUAUGUACCGUAACGAGUCGUCGAACGUCAGUCUUUACGCCCCGAGCAACGCGCACGACAACCAGUACUGCGACUGCCGUUUCUCGGCUACGUGCAGCCAGGGCCAGCCAUCCAAGUACCGGCACAACCCUUACGAUAUGACGGGGCGCAUUGCGCAGUGCGCGUAA